AUGGCUGCGCUACUAUCAGGCGCAGUAUAUGGUGCCUCUACGAUAGCAGGAGGCGCGUAUUUACCCUCAACAAUCAUCGAUCAAUUCAAGUUCCAGGAUUGGCAUCUGUUGCAAACCACUCUUGGUGCCGUUGCAAGCAGUGCAAUCAUAUACAGAAUUGCUGAACAUUUUGGCUACGUUAAGCUCAAGCCUAGAAGCUCUUCUCCCAUUGGUUUAUUUGGAAAGUAUGAUGGUAACGUCAUAGGCGGAUUUCUGCUUGGAGCUGGUAUGGCUCUUUCAGGAUCUUGCCCUGGGACAUUGUUUGCACAAAUUGGAGCCGGCUUGCGGACAGGUUUCCACGCCCUUGGCGGAGCUCUUGUUGGUGGUAUUGCAUACACUGGUUAUGUCGCGCAGACAGCCAAGGCUCAAAGGGAAAAGGCAGAUGUGAAACCUGAGACAGUUACUCUUGACGAGAACCUCGGCCUUUCCAAAGACACAACUACCGCUGUAUUCGAAUCUGCCUGCUUUAAUGCAAUUGCUGCUUCAGUCACCUACACCACUGGUUCGGACUGGUCGCUCUUCUCAGCGGGCGGCGGUCUGUUCAUCGGACUUUCGCAACUCUUCUCCAUUCUCACCCGUCGCUCUAUGCUGGGCAUCUCAGGUUCCUACGAAGAAUUUGGUAACCAUUUCUGGUGGCUUACACGAGGCACUUCUUGGCCCAGUAGCCGGCAGAACACAUUGUUCGCUGCGGGCAUGGCAUCUGGUGCUUGGGUUCUUACCAAGAUCUUUCCUUCCUUUGUACCCAGUGAUAUCGUUGAGGUCAACCCAUGGUUUGCCGGAAUCGGAGGUUUUAUGAUGGUUGUGGGCUCAAGAUUAGCAGGAGGGUGCACUUCUGGGCAUGGUAUUAGCGGCCUGUCUUUGAUGUCGACGUCAAGUCUGGUCACCAUGGGUACUGCGUUUGCUGCGGGAAGUCUGGUUGCCCCUUUGGCACACUAG